AUGACAGGAAGCAAAAGAGUCCUGAGUUUCACUCACCCUACAAGUGCUAGUCACCAUCCCUGGUUUUCUUGGGUGCUUGCUGAUCAGAGUACUGAUGCCCAUACACAUAUCUUGAGAUUAGUUGGGCCACAGAUACUGGAAGCACACAAAGAUGAAGUUUGCAUUUUGCAAUUCUCUCACAGUGGAAAAUUUUUGGCCUCAUCAUCGGCAGUUAUUUGGGAGGAGAAAAGUACUUGCUUUUUGGUCCAUUCUGAUUCUCCUUUUCCCCCUAGUGGUUAUUGUAGGAGCAACCCUAUUGGGUUGCAGCUUGAGUGGCUUAAAGGUGAUCAACCUUACCAGUUGGGGAUCUUUAGGAUUAAGUUUGAGGUCAAAGAUAAUGGUGAAGUAUUAUUGAAACAUGCAUUAAAUGGUCACCAGAAACUAGUGUCUACGAUUUCAUGGAGCCCCAAUGAUUCUCAUCUCCUCUCUUGUGGACCGGAGGAGGUCAUCAUACUGUGGGAUGUCAUAUCUGGUGAAUGUCUCCGUGUGUUUGAGAAAGCUGGUGUUGGCCUGAUACCAUGUGGAUGGUUUCCGGAUGGUAAGCAAGUAGUCUCUGGUUUGAAAGACAAGAGCAUCUGCUCGUGGGAUUUGGAUGGAAAAGAGUUGCAGUGCAGGAAAGGGCGGCUGAUAGUCAAUAAAAUAUCAGACAUGGCCAUAACUCAUGAUGGGAAGAUUAUCAUGAUCAUUUAUAAAGAAACUGCAAUUCUGUUGUUUGACCGGGAAGCAAAAUUUGAAAGACUAAUUCAAGAGGACGAAGUGAUUACUUCAUUCUCACUGUCGGAGGACAACAAAUUCUUGCUGGUUAAUCUUGUAAACCAAGAAAUUCAUCUUUGGAGCAUAGAGGGAGAUCUAAAGAGCGUUUCCAAGUAUAAAGGUCAUAAACGUACUCGAUUCAUCAUCGGAUCUUGUUUCGGUGGAUUUGAUCAUUUGAGCAAUCAUUUAUUGCCAGUGGGAGUGAGGAUUCACAGGUACGGUCUUCUUUUCAUUUAA